AGCAUUGACGGCAUUGUUUAGACGGGACGAUUCUGGGCACCUUUCAGGCUUCCUCUUUCUAUAAUAUCGAACUGGUUUCUCCAAAAUUUUUUGGUUUUUCUUCACAUAAUUCAUACCCUCUAUUACUAACCGAUUUGAAUUCUUUCGUCUUGAUUUUUGUUUUAAUUUUUUUUUCUCGGCGCUUUAAGAAGUUUCAUGAAAGUUUGAAUUGUAUCUUUUAGAAAAAAAAAAAAAAAAAAAGAAUUGUAUCUGCCUUCUUCCCUCUGACUGCCUGAUUAGGGUUCUGCUCGAAAUAUAGGGUUUAUAUUUAAAUUGGGGACUGUAUUUCUGAGAGCCAUUGCUAAUUCAAAAACUAAAAUCGCGGAGCAAAUAAUACGUGGAGAUUCUGAAUUCGGUUCUGUUGUUUUGGAUUUAUGGUUUUGGUGUUUGAUGCGAAGUUAGGGUUUGGUUUCAUAGUUUGAAUUCGCCGACUCGAACUGUUGGGAAGAUGAUUAUCAAACGAACUAUGAAACCUGAAAUGCCGAAUUUGAAGCGGUGCAAGCUCGAAGAUUCCGAUUGGGAAGAAGAAGACGACGACCGUGCGUGCUCGGUUAACCCCAAGAGAAGGAAACCCAAUGGGUAUCUCUCAGUCGGUAGCGGUGAGGUUAAAGAUUUCAGCAAUGGUUCAGGUUAUUUAUGGCGGAGCGAAAGCGAAGGAUCGUAUUGGGGCGGAGAGUUCGAGUUGAACUCGAAGCAAUUAAAUGGAAAAGGAGAGAUUCAACAGUGCUCGGAGCGAUUUCGGCCGCCGCUGUUAAAAUCGUCGCGAGGGCGGGUGCAGAUGUUGCCUUCGAAGUUUUAUGACUCCGUUGUUGACGUAUGGAAGACCGGGGAGUCGAAAUUCAAUAGCAAGGAUUCGAGCUUAGAAGGAGACGAAAUGGAAGUAAAAGAUAUGGAAUUUAUUAAAAGGAGCGAGGAGGAUAAGUCUAGGUUCAAGAACUUGAAGCUUUGUCCAAACUCUGAGAAGGAACGGGAAGGGAAAGCUGGUUAUGUGGGUUAUAAGAAUUUCUAUCGUAGGAAGUAUUUGAAUUCGAGUAGCUCCACGGCAAAGAGUUUUGGUUUGAACUCUCCAGCGUUGACAAGAAGUAACGGUUAUAAACCCAAGUAUAGUUUUACCGGAAUUGAGCGACUGGCGAAAGGGAAUGCUGGAAAGAGGAAAGAAGUUUAUAAGCCCGAGGACUUUGCUUUGGGAGAUAUAGUUUGGGCAAAGUGUGGGAGGAGAUACCCGACUUGGCCGGCGGUAGUGAUCGAUCCCAUAUCGCAAGCUCCAGAAACGGUCUUGAGUUGCUGUGUUCCUGGUGCUAUAUGUGUAAUGUUUUUCGGGUAUUCGAAGAAUGGAACACAAAGGGAUUAUGCGUGGGUGAAGCAGGGAAUGUUAUUUCCCUUCCUGGAAUUCAUGGAUAGAUAUAAGGGGCAGACCCAAUUGUACAAGAGCAAGCUGAGUGAUUUUCAGAGGGCAUUGGAGGAAGCACUGUUGGCUGAAAACGGUAUUCUGGACACAAACCUUGGGGCUGGGGAAAUAGCAAAUCCGGAAACAAAUCCCAAGGAAAUGCAAGAGGCUACUGACUCAAAUCUGGACCAGCAAUGUUCUGGGAAUCAGGAUGAACACUGUAAGGAUCCAAUACCAUGUGAUGGCUGUGGUUUGUUUCUGCCAUCCAGAACCAUGAAGAAAAUGAAGGGUCCAACUUGUGAGACCCUGCUUUUGUGUAAACAUUGUGCUAAGCUACGAAAAUCUAGACAAUAUUGUGGCAUUUGCAAGAAGAUUUGGCACCAUUCAGAUGGAGGGGAUUGGGUGUGUUGUGAUGGUUGUAAUGUUUGGGUGCAUGCAGACUGCGACAAUAUUUCCAGUGAACUAUUCAAGGAUCUGGAGCACAUUGACUACUAUUGCCCAGAUUGCAAAGAGAAGUCCAACUCUGAAUUAUCAGCUACAGGAAAAGGCCAGCCGAAAGUGAACAGUUCUGUAGAGAAUAGCGGACAAACUGUUUUGCCUGAGGUCGUAACUGUGGUGUGCAAUGGCAUGGAAGGAACAUAUAUUCGAAGCCUUCAUUUAGUAAUGUGUAAAUGUGGUUUGUGCGGGUCAAAGAAGCAAACGCCCAGUGAAUGGGAACGACACACAGGUUGCAGAGCCAAAAAGUGGAAGUAUAGUGUGAAAGUGAAGGAUACAAUGCUGCCACUGGAAAAAUGGAUUUCAGAGUAUAAUGCACAUGGUAUGGAUCCUCUGAAGUUUGAUAAGCAGCAGUUACUCACUUUUUUGCAAGAGACGUAUGAGCCCGUUCAUGCAAAAUGGACGACGGAAAGGUGUGCCGUAUGUAGAUGGGUUGAAGAUUGGGAUGAUAACAAAAUCAUUAUCUGCAACAGAUGCCAAAUAGCCAUCCACCAAGAAUGCUAUGGGACAAAAUCUGUUCAGGAUUUUACUUCAUGGGUUUGUAGAGUAUGUGAAUCACCUAAUAUCAAGAGAGAGUGUUGCCUUUGUCCUGUAGAAGGUGGUGCUCUGAAGCCAACCGAUGUUGACUCGCUGUGGGCUCAUGUCACAUGUGCUUGGUUCCGGCCUGAAGUUGGUUUCUUAAAUCAUGAGAAAAUGGAACCUGCUGUUGGAAUCCUUAGAAUUCCGUCCAAUUCGUUUUUGAAGCGAUGCAUAAUCUGCAAGCAGAGUCAUGGUUCCUGCACACAGUGCUGCAAGUGUGCUACUUAUUUUCAUGUGAUGUGUGCCUACAGAGCAGGUUAUUGCAUGGAAUUGCACAGCUGGGAAAAGAAUGGGACACAAAUGACUAAAAAGUUGAUAUAUUGUGCAGUUCACAGGGUCCCAAACCCUGAUUCUGUUGUAGCUGUUCAUACUCCUUCAGGAGUUUUUUCUGCCAGAAGCCUGCUGCAGAACCAGAAGGGGUGCUUCAGGGGUUCAAGGCUGGUUUCACUAAAGAAAACUGAACUUCUUGAGUCCUCAAACUUAGAGAGUGAUGAGUUUGAGCCACUCUCUGCAGCAAAAUGCCGCGUUUUCAAAAGAUUAAAGAACAAGAGGGCUGAAGGGCAGCCGUUAUUCCACAGACCAAUGGGACCAAGCCAUCAUUCUUUAGAUGCAAUAAAUAGCUUGAGCACAAAUAAUGAAUUAGAAGGUCCCAAGAUUUUCACUUCCUUGAAGGAACGACUUUACCACUUACAGAGAACCGAAAAUCAUCGGGUUGGCUUUGGUAAAUCUGGUAUACAUGGAUGGGGUCUCUUUGCGCGUAGGAACAUUCAAGGAGGAGAAAUGGUGGUUGAGUAUCGUGGUGAGCAGGUGAGGCGCAGUGUUGCAGAUCUGAGGGAGGCAAAGUAUGGAUUAGAAGGCAAAGAUUGUUACCUUUUCAAGAUCAGUGAGGAAGUAGUAAUUGAUGCUACAGAUAAAGGGAAUAUAGCGCGUCUAAUCAACCACUCGUGCAUGCCCAACUGUUAUGCGAGGAUCAUGAGUUUGGGUGACGAGGAGAGCAGGAUAGUUCUUAUUGCAAAGACUAAUGUUUCUGCCGGUGAAGAACUAACGUAUGAUUACUUGUUCGAUCCGGAUGAGCGUGAUGAAUUGAAAGUUCCUUGCCUUUGUGGAGCUCCCAAUUGUAGAAAAUUCAUGAAUUAAGUUGCACAUUCUUUUUCCCCAUUUUUGUCUCCAAGGAGCUGACCGAUCUCCAAAUAUCGAUGAGGGAGGAUUCAUUCUUUUAUACCAGUGGGCUUGCAAAUGUAAUUUUUAACCCCCAUUUGUAUUAGUAUCAUUCAAUUGCAAUAAAAUGUAAAUAAUUGCAAUUUCCAGGUACAGUGUAAUCUCAACUUCAAUUAUACAUUAUUGUUUGCAA